AUGCGAGACCGCCCUGAUAUAUGGUGUACCUCUCCAUCGACGUCUGGGGUUUCUUCACAUCUUACACACGACUAUAAUGAACAUACAGCAGCAGAAAUCAAUGGGAGAUUAAUCGCCAAUGAAAUUAAAGCUACAUUAGCGACUGAAGUUUCUAAUAUGAAGAAUUCAAUCAAUAAGGUACCUGGAUUAGGCGUAAUAUUGGUGGGAAAAAGAAAAGAUUCACUCACAUUUGUACGCAUCAAGAAAAAAGCUUGCGAACAAGUUGGAAUUGCCUCAGUAGUAACAGAGCUUCCUGAAGACUGUACAGAAAGCGAAGUUCUUGAUGCUGUUUCAAUGUUAAAUCACAACGAAUCAGUCCAUGGCAUUCUCGUCCAGCUUCCAUUACCCAAUCAUUUGUGUGAGGAGAAGAUUAUAAAUGCAGUGAAAGUUGAAAAAGAUGUGGAUGGUUUUCAUCCUGUGAACAUGGGAAACCUUGCAAUGAGAGGAAGGGAGCCUUUGUUUAUUCCUUGUGCCUCUUUGGGGUGUAUUGAGGUGCUUAAUCGAUGCAGUGUAGAAAUUUUAGGUAAGAAAGCAGUGGUAAUUGGAAGAAGCAUGAUUACUGGAUUACCCACUUCCUUGCUAUUACAGAGACAUCAUGCUACAGUAAGCGUUGUGCAUUCAUUCACAAAGAAUCCAGAGGAAAUAACAUGUGAAGCUGAUAUUUUGGUUUCAGAUGUUGGAGUUCCAAAUUUGGUUCGAAGUCAUUGGUUGAAGCCUGGGGUUGUGGUAAUUGAUAUGGGGUCAACGUUGGUCAAGGAGAAAAAGAAUAGUUGUGGAGAUGUUUGCUAUGAAGAAGCAAUGCAUAAAGCGUCGGCAAUUACUCCUGUCCCUGGUGGUGUUGGACCUGUUACCAUCUCCAUGUUACUUUCCAAUACACUUGAAGCUGCUAAGCGUGCAUAUCAAUGGACUCAAAAAUCAUAAUACAAUUAACAAUACUGAUUUUAAUAAUAUAAAUUUGUUUGGCAAAAAGGUAUUUCAAGAUCUUCAUCACAAAAAACUUUGAAAAAAAAUUUAUUGGAACAAAUAAGAUUUUUGUAAAAAAAAAAAUAAUAAUAAUAACAGUUUCAUGGUACAAAGAACAAUUUUUCGUAUGCGUAGUGAUUAGUGAAGUUUGCAAUACUGAUUUCUUGUUAUUUCGUGGUACGAUAUUUUUAUUUAACUUUUUUUUUUCGAAACGAAGUUUUAUAUAUUUUGCAUUCCUAUUUUCAUACUGGGCACUUCAAAUUAGUAGUUACAAUUAAUUUAGGGUUUUUCUGAAAAAAAUAUUAAUAACUUUGGGUAUGUUUAACUUUUACUUUUCAUUAUUAAAAAAAUAU